AUGGAUGUAGUGGAUUAACUCGAUUAAAUGAAUCUGGAGAAUAUAUUUAAAUUUGUUCAUUCAUUAAUUAUAUAUGUAUUCCAUUAAUUGAUGAUUCUAUCGAUGCUUUUUUAAUUUUAACAAAGAUAUAAUAUUUAUAGGCUAACUUAAAAGCUUGUACAAAAGUAUAACUAAUAGAUAAUAUUGUAAAUUAUAGAUUAUGUUUCAAAUAAUCAAUUGAUCAUUGAUAAGAAAUGUAUAUAGAUUAAUGAUAAUAAUUAAUCAUGUAAUACUAUCAAUAAUCAUUUCAUAAACAAUUUAUAUAUCUAAAUCAUUGUUCUAGGGCAAAUGAUAUAAGUUACUAUGAUUAAUCAAUAGGAUGUAAAAUACCUAUUGAUGAUUUAGAAUGUGGUACUCCAGUAUUAUAUUAUUAGGAUGUAUUAAAAAUACUUAAAAUCUUAGAUGCGCAUUUUAUAAUAUAAAAUGUUAAUACUUACCAUAAAAUUAAUUUAUUUCAUAUUUUAAGUAUCUAAAUUAAUUUACAUGUUCUAAUUAUUAAUAUUUAUAAUGUAAUUGGAAUGGUACGAUGUGUGAUAUAUUUUAUGAUUAUAUUAUGGAAUAUGGUAGUGAUUAUACAUAUAUAUUAGAUGAGUAUAAUCAAUUUUUAGUUUCAGAUGGUUCUACUUGUAUUUAUGAAGAAGAAUAAAUAAACUUUUAAUUAUAUAAUUGUAAUAGUAAAUUAAAUUAAUUGCAUGUAUAUCAAUACCAGAUUAAUAUUGUUAAUUUAUUCAAAAUUAAUGUUCAUUUUAUUAAACUACAUUAUAUAAAAAUUCAAUCAUGUAAUUUAAAUAAUUCUAUUUAAUUUUAAAUGUGUAUUAAAAGAUGGAAAAUGUUUUCCUUUUUCAUAGAUUUAUUUAACUUUUGAUUACUUUGAAAAAAACAAAUCAUGA